UUUCAAACUUUUUUUCUUUCAGCACAUUCGAAAAUUUAUAUUUUAAAUGGUCAUUCAGGGUCUAUAUGAGCGUUUACGCCCAAUGUUCUCGCUUUAAAUUGUCCAAAACUAUCGACCUAUUUUCAUUCUGAAGAAAUCAACUAACAUCUUGAUUUAACGCGUCUGUCGGCAACUGUGAAUUAAAUUAAUAUGUCAAACUCUUUGUACAACAAUAUCUGGAAAGAUGCUCAAGAAAAACUAUCGGAUAUUUUAGCUCGCGAACCGAACCCAGAAACUCAAAAGCCUGAAAAAGAUCGUGCCAUAGCUUUUCAAUCACUAGCCACGUUUUAUAUCAAGUACAUUCAAAUUUUUCGAAGCUUGGAACGAUGUUAUGAUCAGAUUGUCCACCCUCAAAAAAGACGUCUUCUCAGAACCCUCCUGGAUUCAGUAAUUGGGAGGUUUCUGGAGAUAAAAAAGGAAAUGGUGAAACUGGAACUUUCUGAAUAUCAUUAUUUUGAUGAUAUACUAAUAGAUUUAAAAUUAACGCCGAGUGACGUUGAAAUACCAAUACCAAAGUACUUUGUAAAUGAAAAUUUUAGAGCGCUAAGAGAUAGACAGCAAUUUUUGGAUCAUCUAAUAUCAAGCACAAAAACGGAUGAAACAAAGGAUGAGAGGAUAUUGAUGUCAGUUGAUCAGGCUAUACUCCUCAUUCAAAGACAUGAACGCGCACGUCAAGGCAGGAUAAGAGCCAGAUUUAUGAAAGAAAUUCGUCGGCUGGAAGAAUCGGAAAAGAGUAAAGGUGGCGAGAGGAAGUCUUAUACAACUGAUGAGGCUGCAAUUAUUAUUCAAAAGUUAUGGAGAGGAUUUAUGUGUCGUAAGAAAGUUGGGAUUAUGCGCAAAGAAGAACUUAUGUGGCUUGGUAUGGUACCAACAAAUCUACAUCACAUUGUACAAAAAUCUAGUGUGGUUAAGUUAGCUAAUCGUGUGGAUGCAGUGCGUAGAGUAACACAAAAUAUCUAUGAACAAGAAUAUCAACAAGCAUUGGUUCAGGUAAAAGAGAAAAUUCGAGAUACUGAAGGUCCAGAUAUGCGUGAAGCAAUGCAAGAUCAAAUACGGCAGUGGUUUAUUGAGUGCAGAGAUGCAACUGGAAAAUUUCCUGACUAUCCAGAUGAAGAUGAAGGAGGUUCUGCAUUAAUUUUUAAGGAAAAAACACCGGAAGAAUUAGAAAGAGAAUUAAGAGAAAAGGAUGAAGCAAGUCAAAAAUCGAAAGGAAAAAACAGUGGAAAAAGUAAAAAGAAACCGCCACCUAAAAAGAAUGAUAAACAAAAAAAGAAAAAAGGCGAAGAGGAACCAGAAGGAUUCAAAUUCUCACCAUCCGCAUUUCUUGGUGAAAUACAUGAAGGAUGUCAUAGUUAUCAAGCAUUAUGGAAAAAUCGUGAUGAAUCUGACAAUUUUCAACAACAUUAUGAUGAGGAAAUUAUCAAAGAAGAUAAACGUUUAGAAGUUGAAACAGAAAUACGAGUUCAGGUUGAUGAAUUACUUCGUGAAGAGUUAAGAAAUUUAAAAAUUGCGAUUGAUAAAGAACGUGUUCAACGAAAGAAGAAAAGUCGUGCAAAGAAAGGCAAGAAAGGUAAAAAAGGCAGAAGAAAAAAGGAGAAAGAUCUUACACCUGACAGAACAUUGAUCUCACUUUUUGAAGAAUUAGUAUUGGCUGGAAUAAUUAAAAAAGUUGAAAAAUACUCAAUGAAUGAAUAUUCUGGGGAAUAUUCUUAUUUAGGUACAACGUUAAGACAAGCCAAUGUUGAACCACAACCAACGUUAAGUGAUGUACGUAGAUUAGUGACAGAAUAUGCUAUUCUACCAUUAGGCUCACAAAAUGUUCAUGAAAAAGCUCCGUUGAUAAAGUCUCUUCUGUUGGCUGGACCACAUGGAACUGGUAAACGUACGUUGGUCAAUAUUAUAUGCACUGAAACUGGAGCUAAUCUGUUUGAUUUAUCUGCAGAAAAUAUUGCAGAUAAAUAUCCUGGUAAAGAUGGUCUUAGAAUGUUGAUACACCUAGUUUUUAAAGUUGGACGACUUCUUCAACCUUCAGUAAUAUUGAUUAACGAUUGUGAAAAAAUGUUUAAAAAGAAACUUCCCAAAACUGAUUUGGCAGAUCCUAAAAGAUUAAAAAAAGAAUUACCUAAAGCAAUGAAGAUUUUAACACCGAAUGAUCGUGUUCUACUUAUUGGUUGUUCAUCAGCACCAUUUGAAGCAGAUAUUCGACCAUUUUGUAAAUUAUAUCAAAAAAUUAUUUUAAUACCAAGACCAGAUUAUGCUUCUAGAAAUAACAUGGUAUCGUAAAACACCUCUUGGUAAACAAAAAGCUUCAGCUAUUCAAGCCGAAAGUGAAGCGGCAUCUGGUGGAGCUAAUAAGAAACCCGUUAAAGGUCGAAAGAAAUGAAUUAUUAACCAAAAAUGUGAUUUUCUUUCUUGUUUAUUUGUUUAAGUUAAUGAAAAUUAUGAAAAGAAAAAAAACAUGUCACUGAAUUUGUUUGUUUCUCUAAUUUAUCAGAAUAAUUAUUUAACGUUUAUCGACCUUCUGUACGUUGCAUAUGAAUAAAUAUUUCUAUGAAAAGAACAGAUCUCAUCAUCUAUUUAUCCCUCUAUAGAAUAAUUAAAAUCUCAUAUAAUGUAACGUUUCACGACUAUAUUUAAUAUAGAAGUUUCAAUAUAUAUACGUAAGCAUUUGUAGGUUAACUAUCAUAUUAUAGGAUUCACAUAAAAGUCCUUUCGAAUAAUGAACAGUUCUAUGAUUAAAUUUAAUUUGCAGCAAUAUUUUAUUUUAGAAAACAUUGAUGAUUUGUUGUUGAUCAGUCGGAUGUUAUAUAAGGAUAUUUUAUUCUUUGAUUGUUGGGGCGAGUGGGAAUGGUUAGAGAGAUUGGAAACGAUAUUGAUCUCUGUGUAUUUAUGUUGUCAAUUCCAG